GGCGGUUAAGAAGUUUGGGCGCCUUUUCUGGCGGCGGUAGAUUUGAAGCUCCGCCCCGGGAGCAGCGCGCAGGGAUCCGGGAGCCGCUCACCGGAGCAGGUAAAAAUAGAAUUGGAUCAAUUGAUCAGUUGUCCUUGAUUGUUUUCUUCUUUGUUUAAAGAAUUUUUCUACAGAAGUUGCUGAGACAUUUUUGCUGGUUAAAUACAGGUUUAUUUAAACCCGUAUUUUGAAUGUAGUUUGGAAGUAUUUGAAACCAUGGGAAUAAAGGUUCAACGUCCUCGAUGUUUUUUUGACAUAGCCAUAAACAAUCUACCUGCUGGAAGAGUUGUCUUUGAAUUAUUUUCUGAUGUGUGCCCCAAAACAUGUGAGAAUUUCCGGUGUCUUUGUACAGGUGAAAAAGGUACAGGAAAAUCUACUCAGAAGCCAUUACAUUAUAAAAGUUGUCUUUUUCACAGAGUUGUAAAGGAUUUUAUGGUUCAAGGUGGUGACUUCAGUGAAGGAAAUGGUCGAGGUGGGGAAUCCAUUUAUGGAGGAUUUUUUGAAGAUGAGAGUUUUGCUGUUAAGCACAACAAAGAAUUUCUAUUGUCAAUGGCCAAUAGAGGAAAGGAUACUAAUGGUUCGCAGUUUUUCAUAACAACUAAACCUACACCUCAUUUAGAUGGGCACCAUGUUGUUUUUGGGCAAGUGAUCUCUGGUCAAGAGGUUGUGAGAGAGAUUGAAAACCAGAAAACAGAUGCAUCUAGCAAACCAUAUGCUGAAGUACGAAUACUUAGCUGUGGGGAGCUAAUUCCCAAAUCUAAAGCCAAGAAGGAAGAAAAGAAAAGACAUAAGUCAUCGUCUUCAUCCAGUGAUUCAGAUAGUUCAACUGAUUCUCAGUCCUCUGAUUCUUCUUCUGAUUCGGAAAGUGCUUCUGAAGAAAAAUCCAAAAAAAGAAAAAAGAAACACCGAAAAUCCCGAAAACAUAAGAAGGAAAAGAAGAAGAAAAAGAAAAGCAAGAAAAGUUCUUCUACUGAGAGUGAAGAUGAAAGCCCUGAAGCACAACCACAAUCUACUGUCCGUCCAGAAGAGAUCCCUCCUAUUCCUGAAAACAGGUUCCUAAUGAGAAAAAGCCCACCUAAAGUAGAUGAGAAAGAGAGAAAGAAUAGAGAAAGGGAAAAAGAAAGAGAAUGUAAUCCAUCUAACUCCCAGUCCUCUUCAUAUCAAAGGCGACUUCUAGUCACCAGAUCUGGAAGAAAAAUUAAAGGAAGAGGACCAAGACGCUAUCGAACACCUUCCAGAUCCAGAUCACGAGAUCGGUUCAGGCGUAGUGAGACUCCUCCACAUUGGAGACAAGAGAUGCAGAGGGCUCAAAGAAUGAGGGUGUCAAGUGGUGAAAGGUGGAUCAAAGGGGAUAAGAGUGAAUUAAAUGAAAACAAAAAAGAAAAUCAAAAAAGUCCAGCAAGAGGAAAAGAAAGAAAAUUAUCUGAACACAGACAUAUAUCAGAAAGUCCAAAUAGAAAAGGUGAAAAGGAAAAGAAAACAAAAGACCAUAAAUCAAACAGUAAAGAUAGAGACACAAGGAGAAAUUCAGAGAAAGAUGACAAAUAUAAUAAAAGUAAAACAAAGAAAAGGGCCAAAUCUAAAAGCAGGAGUAAAAGCAAAGAGAAGUCAAAAAGUAAAGAAAGAGAUUCAAAGCAUAACAGACAUGAAGAAAAGAGAAUGAGAUCAAGAAGCAAAGAGAGAGAUCAUGAAAAAGCAAAAGAAAAAGAGAAACAUUCUGAUUCUCGAGGCAAAGAACGAGAAAAGAGCAGAAGUAAAGAGAGAUCUAAGCGAGCAGGGUCAAAAACUAAUGAACAUGACCAUAGCAGAAGUAAAGACAAGGAUAAAAGGGCCAAGUCAAAGAGUAGAGAACGGGAAGUAACCAAAGGAAAACACAGCUCUAAUGGCCGGACAAGGGAGCGAAGCAGAAGCAGGGAUAAAGGAAGAAGAGCCAGAUCUAGGAGCAAAGAUCGAGAUCGGAGUAGAAGCAGAGAGUAUUAUAGGAACAGAGAGAGAGAAUCCCGGAGAAGAGCAAGAUCAAGGAGCAAAGAAAGGAAAGGAACACCAGAAAAAUCUAGAAGUAAAGAUAGGAGGAGGAGGAGAGAGUCCAGGAGUUCAGGGAGAGAGGAAAGUCAAAGCAGGAAUAAAGAAAAAAGUAAAAAUCAAGAAACAAAGAGUUCACAUAAAAAAGAGAACUCGGAGAGUGAAAAAAGGCACUCCAGAAACCACGAUAACAGUAGCCGAGACAGCAGUAAAGAGAAAAAAGGUGACCGAGAUCAGAGUCCAAACUCAAGAAAACAAAAUAGUAAAGACAGAGAAUUAAAGUCCUCUGCAUACAAAAAUAAGGAAGAAGAGAAGACCAGAUGCUCAUUAGAAAAAGAAAUCAACCAAAAAUCAAAGAGUCAAGAAAGAGACCAUACACGUGGUAAAGAUAAAAAAUCUGAUCAUGAGUCCAGCCCUGGAACUGAUGAAGACAAAAGUGGAUGAGUGAGGGCCUUGAACUUUCUAUUUCCAUUUUUCUCUUUAGGUUUUAGAGACUUGCUGAAGAACAUCCCUUUUUUUGUUGUUGUUUUCCUCUUCCUUUUUGUUUUUGGGGUUGGUUUUUUUUUUUUUUUUUUUUUAAUGCGGACUUCAUUAAGUUUGAUCUUUUGAUAUUCUACAACCUGAAUAAUUUGUACUGCUAAAGUUUUAAUAAACUUGAAAUGAGAAAAACA